ACUCAUCUAAGUGAUUUGAAGUUUUUAUAAUGAGUUCUCAUAGAUCCGUAUGAGAACUCUUAACAGUACAAUUGAAUUCACAAAUUUUCUAAGAAUACUAGAUGACUUUUUUAAGAACACCUUAUAAAUUUCUGAAGAAAUCCUUCGGGGAUCGGCCAGAAUUCAUACAAAAUUUCGUUUAAAAGUGAUUAAAAUAAACAUCGUAGUCAAUUCAGACAGUUGUUAUAAGAAGUUCUAAUAGUUUGUUUAUGGAAAUCUCUUACAAUUUAAUGUUAAAUGUAUAAAUGAAUAUAAAACGGUUUAAUAUUUCCUUAGAAAACCCGAGUAGUUCUCAUGGAUUCUCGUAUGAUUAAGAUAUAGUUUCGUGACUGGUUUAUAGACAACUAAUUUGACAUUUUUCUUAGAAAAUCUAAUUAAUUCCGAUGAGAAUUUUUUGGAGCUUAUCAACACUCUAAUAAAACUUUGUUAAAAAAAAUCUUUUAAAAUAGAUAAAUAUCGAAGUGAUCCCCGACGGUUUCUGUGAAGAGUUCUUAUAGUUUUGCAUAAAAAUCAACUUAUAAGACUCUGAUCGUAAAUGAAAACAGCAUUUUUAUCGGUUUACCUGUAAAUGAACUGUCAUCAUUCGAACUAGUUGCCUUUUGACAUUUCUUUGAUAUCCGAUACUUUGUUGAUCUUGAUAAUUGCGCAAAAUCUUUCAUUGUUUUGUAUUUGAUGAAGACACUAGUAUUUUCUGCGUACUCAUAAGAUAGCUCACGGGAUAACUUCUCUUAUAUGUUUUUUGUUUACAUUUUUUUUUUAACCGAUUCGCAUUUAUUUUUUGUUGACAAACUUCAAUCAAUUGACGCUUUAUCGUUGAUAAAAGCAAUAAAAUAACCGUAAAAACAUUGAUAUUAAUAUUAAUCUAAUAAAAUGUCCAAAAAAAUGUUCUCUUUAGUUUUUCGGAUCGGUUUAGGUUACGCAUCUGUGGUGAAAACUGAAAAGAUAAAAACUUCUAACAAGUCCGGCUUUGUUGUAAAAAUAAGAAAUAAAAAUUCACCUAUUAAAAUACUAUUACAAGAUGGUAAGUAAUAAAUUUUAAUUUUAAAACCAUGAAAUGUUCAAAAUUUAUAUUUAAUUAAUAUUAGUUUAUUAGUAAUACUAAUAAUUAAUUGUUGAUAAAUUUGAGUAACCAAUUUAAAUAAUUAAUUUUGAAAAGAUGACGAGGAAUAUUUGAAUAAACAUACAGUGGAUGAAGCGGGAAACUUAAUAAAAAAAGCAGUCCAACCACCAGUUGAGAUUAAGAAUGUGAGAAAAAAAGGUAAAAAAGAUAGACAAUGCAAGGAACCGAAUCCUAUUGACGCGGAAAUUGUUGAUCAGCAAUCAAUUUUUUGCACUGGCAACCAGGAUGAUUUGACUGAUGAUCAAUUAGGGCCAACAACAACAACAACCCAAAAAGCAGUUCUUAUUGAUGGUCAAUUACAGACUGUUGAUCAUGGAUUAAAACAACUAGAUCGUGAAGUUAAAAAUCAAUCCAUUGAACGUCUUCCUAGUGGUAGACCGACAGGUGAUAAAGAUUUACUCAAUAAAAAUAAAUCAAGCAGCAAGGCAGAACCAAGUUCAACAAUGGAAACAAUUCACAGUGAUAAUGAAGAACCGACUAGUUCUCAGGGAUCAAAACAUCGAUAUCACCAACAUAAGGAGCAAAUUAGAGAUUCUUCUGAUACUGAAUUGAGCGAAAAAAAAUCAAACAAACGAAAAGGAACUGGUGCUGAUAAAAAAGAAGAAUCUAGUCAACGAUCUCACAAAUCCAAAAAAUUAAGAAGAGAAAAAUCCAGUUCAAGCGAUGAUUCAAGUGACACUAGCAGUAACUUAAAUGAUAAAAAACUCUUCGAAGAAUUUUUGAAAUGGCAUCAGAAAGAAAAGAGUAGGAGUAAGAGCAGGAGUGAAAGUAAAAGUAGGAGUAAGAAACAUCGGAAGGACAAAAAGCCAACGGCAAAGGAGGUAGAAUUAGUCGAAAAAUCUGGAAUAAUUGUAAAUCGAUUUAAAUUGGAUCUAAUUACGGAAAGUUAUAGAAAAAAUCCCAGAGAAAUGACUCGUAAGUUAUUCAAAUUGAUUAUUGACGUAGAGGAGUUAGCCAAGAUGACGAUCGCUAAAACAAAAGGACGAGAACUAAUGCCUGAAAAAUAUCUCGAAGCUGUUUUCGAAUAUGUGACGAUCCAUACUGCAAAUGGCAGAGAGUUGACUGCGGCAGAAUUUAAAAAUUGUGUAGGAAGAAUGCUUUCCACCAUUCGUGAGGGUUUAAAAAGCAACAAUGAGCCUAAAAAUGAUGAUAAAAAACAAAAUGAAGAUGAUGCUAAUAAGAACGAUAAUACUGAUAUUGAAAACGAUUCUCAAAGUGAUUCUUAAAAGUUAUAAUUUCUCACUUUUUUUUGUUAUUUAAAAUUUCUACGUGUUGCUAUUUUUCAAUGUUAAUUUAGUUACUGUUCUAAACCCAAAAUGUUGAUUGUAGUUUAUUAUUCUCUUGCA